UCUCUCUCUCUCUUGUUCCUUGUUCAUAAUUCAAGAUUUUCAUUUUUUUCUUUUUUCCCAAAUGGAUACUUCUAUGGAUCAUUCUUCUCCCAUGAUGAAUAUUAGAACAAAUUCUUGUUUAGAUGAAGAAGAAAGUGGAUGGACAGCUUAUUUUGAAGAUUUUUCUGCUGAUCAAAGAAGAAAUAACGAUGAAGAACACAGUUUUUCUUGUAGUUUUGGUAACUCUUCCAUGGUUUCUGAUGCUGCUUCUAUUCCUGCAUGGAUUAAUAAAUCAAAUACUACUGCUUCAAAUAUUUAUGAUCAUAAUUAUAUUAAUAAUAAGAAGAAGAUUUCUUCAUUUGGAGCUGAUGGGUCCCCGAAAUUUGCCAAAAAAUUAAUUCUCAAGAAAACAAGAGCUAAAGAAAUUUAUCAUGAUGAUUCUUUGGAAGAUACUGCUAGCUCUCCUGUUAACAGUCCUAAGGUAAGUGAAUUUGGAAUGGCUGACAUGAAUUCUGGGAAGACAAAUGAUCAUUUUAAUAGUUCUCUGGGAAAAGGAGGAAUUUUAGAGGAAUAUGGAUUAGAGACAAAUGAAAGAUGUGAAAGGAGUUACAGUGGGAAUAAUAUUGACAAUACAAACUUGAAGAAAAGAGGACUGUGUUUAGUUCCUAUGUCUAUGUUAGUUAAUUAUCUUGGUUAAUUAAUUAUCUUCAUUAAUCAUCUUAAUAUGUUGUUAAUAUUACCAAUAUCUCUCUCAUGUCUUUCUCUCUUUCUUCAUACUAAACCUUGUUUCGGAUCUUUCAUUCUUGUAAAUACUCAGGAAAAGAGAAUAAAGACAAUAUUUAACUCGCAAAAAGAAGAUUAAUUGAAGAAUAUAGUGUUUUAUU